AUGGCGGACGACGCCGUCGCCGGAGCGGCCGGUCACUGCGCGCGGCCGGCGCCCCCGCCGCCGUCGUCCAGGAGGCAGCAGCACCUCGACGACGGCGACGACGACGCCGGCCGCGGCGGCAGCGACGUCGGGCACCGCCAGCACGACGUGAUCAUGCUGCGGCGGACGAGGAGCGGGCGGGCGUUCCCGCCGCCGAUCUCCGUGAUCGGCAAGGGCGGGCGGCCGUGGCUCAGCCUCCGGGCGCACCGCGAGGGCGGGCGCCUCGUGCUGCGGGAGAUGCGCCUGCCGUCGCAGGAGCUGCUGCAGCCCUGCAAGGAGGACGGCAGGUUCAAGCUCCUCAUCCACCCGGAGGCCGGCGGCCGGGCGGCGGCGGCGGCACCGCAGGAGCGGCACGGGAAGGAGAAGAGUGCUCUUGAUCAGCUCACCAGAUGAUCUGCCGCCACGUCAUGGUCGGUUAAAAAAUCGGGUAGAUCUCCCUGUUUAGUUGCUGAGAGCGCUCGGGUUCUUGCUUUUGCUUCCUGCAACCAUUGUCCACAAUCUUUGCCUUCCGGCAAGUUAAUACAUGGU